AUGGCUGCAUCCAGAGGCACGAGCUACAAGAGCCGGAGCGCCGGACUCAUGGCGAGGAUCCAGAAAUUCAGCCCCAAGGAAGUUUUCACCUGGCAGCUGGCCAAGACGCUGGCCAUGGGUCAGGGCCUGGCUGCGCUCAUCUGUGGGACGGCCGUCACCUCCCAGUACCUGGCCACAAACUUCCAUGUGGACGCACCCAUGCUGCAGAGCUUCUUGAACUACGCCCUGCUGUGUGUCACCUACACCACCAUGCUGCUCUGCAGAACAGGGGAUGGCAAUAUUUUACAGAUUCUGAAGAGCCGAUGGUGGAAGUACCUUCUGCUGGGGCUGGUGGACGUGGAAGCCAACUACACUGUGGUUAAAGCAUACCAGUACACCACCCUCACCAGUGUACAGCUGCUGGACUGCUUUGUGGUCCCGGUCCUAAUGAUCCUGUCCUGGUGGGUUUUGAAGACACGCUACAGGCCGGUCCACUAUGUGGCGGUCUGCAUCUGUCUCCUCGGGGUGGGGGCCAUGGUGGGGGCUGACCUGCUGGCUGGACGAGACCAGGGCUCCACGUCAAACAUCUUGUUAGGUGACGGUUUGGUGCUGCUCAGCGCUACGCUGUACGCUGUGUCGAACGUGUGUCAGGAAUACACAGUCAGGAACCUGAGCAGAGUGGAGUUCCUGGGUAUGGUCGGCCUGUUCGGCACAAUCAUCAGCACCGUACAGAUGGUGAUCCUGGAACGCAAUGAAAUUGCUUACAUUCAGUGGAGCUGGCAAGUCGGGCUCCUGUUCUCUGCCUUUGCCUUGUGCAUGUACACUCUGUACAGCUGUAUGCCCAUAGUGAUGAAGCUGAGCAGCGCCACCUCUGUCAACCUCUCCCUUCUCACCGCUGACCUCUUCAGCCUCUUCUGUGGGAUCUUCCUCUUUCAGUACAACUUCUCUGGCCUCUACCUGGUCUCACUGGUGGUCAUCCUCAUUGGCUUCAUCGUCUUCAACGCUGUGCCAACACCUGCUGACUCCACAGACCUCGCCACCUCCUCUACCUCUUCCAUCUGCGAGGAAGGAUAUGACAAUCCCGUGGCCUCUCAAGACGACAUCACCCAGCGGGAAGUGGCUGUGAAGAUCACCACAGCGGAGCGCGAGGAUGAGGAAGAGGAGCAGCGGGGGGGUGGAGAAAAGGAAGAGGGAUUGGAGGAGGAGGAGAGGAGGAAGAAGAAGAGAGCUUCAGGACCGUCACCGAGCCUUGGAGGAGGGAACCAUGAUGUUGCUGUUCGACGCAGCACUAAAAUGUGAACAACGGGACGACAACCUGUUGAUAUGUCGCAUAUAUAUUUUUAAACACAUUUAUUUAUUGAGUUUUGCUUGUAUACAAAAAACCAUGCAGUACAUAUAGAAAAUCACUAUGCUGAAAUGAAUAAGAAAAGAAAGGAAAUUAAAAAGCAAUUACAAAUAAAAAACAAACUACAACAGUGGCACAUCUCAUCCUUGAAGUGUCUAAAGCUACUGCCAUUGUUGCUGUUAUGAUGUUAUUGUAUCAUGAGUUGCGUUUUUUUAUCUAUAUUUUCAUGUGUUCAUUUUUACCAAAAAGCCAGCUGCCUGACAGUC